AUGUCGGAUAACAUCAAGUCACCUGGCGUCAUGGCUGAGCCUGCACCGGAUGCUGAGAAUGACGCGGCGUCCGUCGCGAGCUUCGAAAAUUCGACCACCUCAACUGAGGAGUUCGAACACGAGCCCUUUGAUACCUUCCAGGUUAAGGCGGGGGAGCUAUGCGCAAAGCUGUGGCCUCAUCUCUCCAAAGAUGCCUUCACAAUCACACGAAUGGAUGGCGGAUCCUAUAACCGCGUCCUCGGCAUUCAGAUUGACGGCUCUCGGCGACAGGCGGGAUGGCUUAUGCGUCAAGCACAAACAAUUCUUCGCACGAUAUGCCCUGGUGUAAUCCGUAAGUCAGAGAUUCGAGAUUACGUCCUGCGUAUACCACGUAUGGAGCAUGCGUGGGUUGAACAUGAGGUCUCGAUCCUCAAGUUUCUUGCGGUGACAAGCCUUCCGGUACCUAGGAUCAAGACCUUCAGCCUCUCGGCGGAGAACCCAGUCGGUAGCCCAUACAUGAUUCAGCCACGUCUUCUGGGAAAGUCUGUGGUUGAAGUCUUUGAUGAGCUGAACACACAACAACGUGUUUCAUUCGCAAAAGAUUUAGGGUGCGCACUAAAGGAGAUGGGCAAGAUUCAAUCCCCGUCUCCCGGUACACUGAAUCCUGACACCAUACUCGCCGGAUCAUCAGAUACCCAGCUUCUCCGCUUACAAUGCCCACCACGAAACGCAUUUCGCGUUUCCGCAGACUUACCGGUACCAUCUACGCCUCAGACUGUGUACGAAUUCUUCAUGUCACAGUUCGCUCGUCAGCGCGCAUACGAUCUAACCCUUCACCGCGACUACCUCAACCCAUGGAAACCCUUUGAGGCCAUCAUCAAACAUCUACAUACAAUGGGUUACCUCAAAGACAACAUCUACGCACUAACACACAUGGACCUGGAGCCCCGGAACAUGCUCCUCCAUGUCACAUCACCCACAACUGCCUCUUUAUCCGCCAUUCUCGACUGGGAUGAGACCGUUUUCGCCCCCGCUUUCACAAACUGCCGGCCGCCAUUCUGGCUUUGGGAUUCCGAAGACGAUGACGCCGAAGAUAUGGAUGAAGCUGACGCUCAAAUCACGCCAAAUGACGCUGAUCGCGCGGCCGUGAAGAAAGCGUUUGAGGAAGGUGCUGGUGAGGAGUAUUGCAAGUGGGCCUAUACGAAGGAGUAUAGGCUGGCGCGAGAUAUCGCCAAGUUGUCUAUUACGGGCUUUUUCUCGGACAUGGACUUUGAUGUCGCUGAGAAGGUUAUCAAGGAGUGGAAUGAAAUGUUCCCACACUUGAAGGUGUGUAAAAUAUCUGACUACCAUGAGGAGGAAUAG